UAGCUCGUGUGUGAAACAUGGGCUGGAUAUCCCAUGUUAUCGUCCUUCUUUGUAUGGUAGGCACACAAUUCACAAAAGCCUACCCACGACAUAAAUAUCAACCAGGAAUCGGAGUCGUACAAGAUGAUCCACUACUAGAUUCGAAUACCGGAGAAAACUUUGCUAAUGUAUUUGCUCAGAGUUUAGAGAAUUGCGGAGCCUUCAGUCAUGAGGAGGCUGAAGAAUAUAAGGAGAUCAUACAGGUGUUGACCAGAGCUUUUGGAUCUUUUCCGGAUUUGCAGAAGGCCCCGCCGGGGGUACUUAAAGCAACAGCGGCAGGUUUUGCCUCCGCUGUUGCUGAGAGAACUGCAGCCGAUAUAGAACAAGGCGAAUUGUUCGCUAAAACACGGUGUGUGAUACAGGCCUUGAGAGAAGCCUUCAUUGUGACGACUGGAGUCACAAAUCCGUACUUUAUCUCCGAAGUGGAAAGGCUGAUUGAAGUCUUUUAUCUUACGAGAGGAGUACCACAGCCAACAUUUGAGCAGCCAUUUGAACAGGCUGGUCAAAUACAGUCACAAGGCCAGUUUCAAGCCCAACCACAAGGUCAGCCUCCAAUCCAACAACAAGGCCAGCCUCUUGCCCAACCACAAGGCCAACCUCCUGCCCAACCACAGGGUCAAGAUCUAGGAGGUGGUAUACACGGCACACAGUAUGCAGGUGGAAAUCUAGGGGAAGCUGCACCAUCUGAACCCAUAGGCAAAGCAAUCCGAGGAAAGAAAAGAGAACCCAGUAAUGACUUAGGUGGAAUCAUUUCUGGAACCAUUAACGGAAUCUUCGGAGGUGGUGGUCAUGACUCUAGUGAAGAUUAUUACACGUAUGAGACGGAAUCAUAUUACACGGGUAGCUACGAAACUUACGAGACGGAGUCAUAUGAAACAGGUACUUACGAGACGGAGUCAUAUGACACAGGUACUUAUGAAACAUAUGAGACAGAGUCAUAUGACACAGGCACUUAUGAAACUUACGAGACAGGGUCAUAUGAGACAGGUACUUAUGAAACUUACGAGACAGACUCAUAUGAGACAGGUACUUACGAAACAUAUGAGACAGGCAGCUAUGUAACCGGUGAAUAUGAAACAUAUGAGACCGGAAGCUAUGAAACUGGAGAAUAUGAAACAUACGAGACUGGAUCUUAUGAAACUGGUGAGUAUGAAACAUAUGAGACUCAAAGCUAUGAAACUGGUGAAUAUCAAACCGGCUCCUAUGAAACAGAAAGCUAUAUAACUGGCAGUUACGAGACUGAAAGUUAUGUAACUGGAGAAUCUGGCAGUUAUGUGACUGGAAGCUAUGAAACUGGCGAAUCCGGCAGCUAUGUGACUGGAAGCUAUGAAACUGGCGAAUCUGGUAGCUAUGUGACUGGAAGCUAUGAAACUGGCGAAUCUGGUAGCUAUGUGACUGGAAGCUAUGAAACUGGCGAAUCUGGUAGCUAUGUGACUGGAAGCUAUGAAACUGGCGAAUCCGGCAGCUAUGUGACUGGAAGCUAUGAAACUGGCGAAUCUGGUAGCUAUGUGACUGGAAGCUAUGAAACUGGCGAAUCUGGUAGCUAUGUGACCGGAAGCUAUGAAACAGGCGAAUCUGGUAGCUAUGUGACUGGAAGCUAUGAAACUGGCGAAUCCGGCAGUUAUGUGACUGGAAGCUAUGAAACUGGCGAAUCCGGCAGCUAUGUGACUGGAAGCUAUGAAACUGGCGAAUCUGGUAGCUAUGUGACUGGAAGCUAUGAAACUGGCGAAUCCGGCAGCUAUGUGACUGGAAGCUAUGAAACUGGCGAAUCCGGUAGCUAUGUGACUGGAAGCUAUGAAACUGGCGAAUCUGGUAGCUAUGUGACUGGAAGCUAUGAAACUGGCGAAUCCGGCAGCUAUGUGACUGGAAGCUAUGAAACUGGCGAAUCUGGUAGCUAUGUGACUGGAAGCUAUGAAACUGGCGAAUCUGGUAGCUAUGUGACUGGAAGCUAUGAAACUGGCGAAUCCGGCAGCUAUGUGACUGGAAGCUAUGAAACUGGCGAAUCUGGUAGCUAUGUGACUGGAAGCUAUGAAACUGGCGAAUCUGGUAGCUAUGUGACUGAAAGCUAUGAAACUGGCGAAUCCGGCAGCUAUGUGACUGGAAGCUAUGAAACUGGCGAAUCCGGUAGCUAUGUGACUGGAAGCUAUGAAACUGGCGAAUCUGGUAGCUAUGUGACUGGAAGCUAUGAAACUGGCGAAUCUGGUAGCUAUGUGACUGGAAGCUAUGAAACUGGCGAAUCUGGUAGCUAUGUGACUGGAAGCUAUGAAACUGGCGAAUCCGGCAGCUAUGUGACUGGAAGCUAUGAAACUGGCGAAUCUGGUAGCUAUGUGACUGGAAGCUAUGAAACUGGCGAAUCUGGUAGCUAUGUGACUGGAAGCUAUGAAACUGGCGAAUCCGGCAGCUAUGUGACUGGAAGCUAUGAAACUGGCGAAUCUGGUAGCUAUGUGACUGGAAGCUAUUAUACAGGGAGCUAUUUAACAGAUGAAUAUGCUACUGACGAAUUUGGUACAUAUGAAAGUGCCAGCAGUGAAUAUGUUACCGGAGAGUAUAUGACAGGUGAAUAUGUAAGUGGGGAAUAUGCAACAGGAGAGAUACCAGUCAUCGAAGGUGGUGCAACACCAGGAGCAAUUACCAACCCUGAUGGUAAAUUGGAUAGGGUAAUAUUGCCUGAUGGAUCUGGAGCUGUCCCUGGUACUGUAUCAGGUCCUGAUGGGCAGCCUAUAAAAAUUAUACCUGCAGGUCCUGGUACUCCUCCAGGCGCUAUAAAGGGCCCUGAUGGAAAAAUAUCAAAGAUUAUUGUGCCUCAAGUGCCUUCUCCAAGAUCGGAUGAACCCAAAUUUGUAGGUGGUAAAGGCGUACAACCAGUGAGAAUAGUUACAGCAAAACCAGGCACUACACCAGGAGCUAUUACAGGUCCAAAUGGAAGGUUAAAUAAGCUAGUACUUCCGGAUGGUACAGGUACUACCCCAGGCAUCGUUACUGGUCCUUAUGGUAAGUUCUUGCAAGUUGUGUUACCUGUAGGAGCUGGAUUUACUCCAGGAACUGUUACAGCACCUGGAGGCAAACCAAUUUUAGUGGAACCAGCUCAAUAUGGAACAACUCCAGGAGUUGUUACUGGUUCAAAUGGAAAUAUUAAAAAGUUGAUAGUACCUCAUGCACCAACACCUGGUCCUCAAAGACCUAGUACUAUAAGAGGUCCAGACGGAAGACCAUUAAUCAUCAUCCCAGGCGGUCCAACACCUGGAGCUGUGACAGGUCCAGAUGGUAACAUAAAACGAAUCAUAUACCCAGAAGGUGCCGGAACAACCCCCGGUACAGCUAAAGGUCCUGAUGGCAACCCAAUUCAAAUCGUACCGGAGAGCCCUGGUACUACUCCCGGUGCCAUAACUGGUCCCGAUGGUAAAAUCUCAAAAAUUGUGUUGCCAACACCUGGUCCCAGAGGUAUUAUAACAGGUCCAAAGGGCCAACCUAUAAAAAUUGCCCCUGGAGCUAAUGUAAAAGCACCAAAAGCCGUUAUAAGUUCUGGCGGUAAUUUAAAAAAAAUUCUACUACCUAAAGGAUCUGGAAACACACCAGGUUCAGUUCGUGGUCCUGACGGAAAUCCAAUUCAAAUAAUACCAGCUGGUCCAGGGACAACACCAGGAGCAGUGACCGAUCCUAAUGGAAAGCUUUCAAAAAUUAUUAUACCAACACCUGGACCAGUUGGACGAACAGUUGUACGAGGACCUAAUGAUCAACCAAUAUUACUUGAACCUGAAGGAUCAACACCUGGAGCUGUUACUGGGCCAGAUGGAAAAAUUUCUAAAAUUGUCUUACCCGUUCAAUCCAGUGAAGCAACUAGUACCAUUUCUGGGCCAGACGGUGAACCAAUACAUGUUGUACCUGCUGGUAAGGGUACUACUCCUGGAGCAGUUACUGGUCCUGAUGGAAAAAUUAAGGAAAUUAUCAUUCCAACCCCUGGACCUGAAGGAACUAUUCGAGGCCCUAGUGGUCGACCAAUACAAAUUAUUCCUGAACAGCCUGGUACAACACCCGGAACAGUGACAGAUCCUGACGGCAAUAUUGUAAGAGUUGUUGUUCCUGAAGGGUCAAACACAACACCUGGUACUGUAAGAGGUCCUGACGGACAGCCUAUUAAAAUUAUUCCUGAAAGCCCAGGAACGACACCAGGUACCGUAACUGGGCCUGAUGGUCAAAUAAAUCAAAUAAUUGUACCAACUGGACCUCCACGACCAGGGUCAGGAACUUAUACUUUAGAAGGACCAAGUGGGGAAGUUAUAGAACUCAUACCAAGUGGCCUUACACCUGGUUAUAUAACAGGUCCAAAAGGUAAACCUAUACGUGUAGUACCAGCUGAUCCAGGAACAACUCCUGGCAUCCAUACAGAUCGUCACGGAGUGAUUUCAAAAAUUGCUGUUCCUCAAGGAACGACUCCCAACUUACGGACAGUAAAAGGUCCCGAUGGACAAAAAGUCCUACUUAUACCAAAUGGACCUACGCCAGGAACAGUGACUGGUCCUGAUGGAAAUGUAUUGCGCUUUAUAUUACCUGAAGGAGCAGGCAUUACACCUUCGAUGGUUAAAGGACCUGAGGGUCAGCAAAUACCUAUUGUUCCUGAAGGGCCAGGAACUACACCAGGCAUAGUAACCGCUCCAGAUGGUAGAGUAAUUGAAAUAAUUGUACCAACACCUCCUCCUCUCGGAGCUGUAAAGGACCCAGAUAGCAGACCAAUAGAAUUCUUCGUUGGAGGCCCAAGUAAUAGACCACAAGCUAUAACUGCCCCCGAUGGUAAUUUGGCUUAUAUUUUACCUUAUGGUUCAGAUACGACACCAGGAACUGCAGAAGGACCAGAUGGUAAACCUGUGCAAUUAGAGCCUGCAGGCCCAGGUACAACUCCAGGUGUUGUGACAGGACCUGACGGGCAGCCGUCCAAAAUAGUUUUUCCAACUGAUGGUCCAAGAGGAAGUGUACCACAAGGUCCUGGAAAGAAACCAAUCCAAAUUUUGAGAGGAGGUCCUGGAACAACACCUGCAACUAUAACUGACCCUGACGGAAAUAUAAUUAGAUUGAUUUUACCUGAAGAAGCAGCUACAACUCCAGGUUCCGUUGAAGGACCUGAUGGACAACCUAUUCACAUUGAACCAGCUGGUCCAGGCACUACUCCUGGAGUAGUCACAGAUUCUGAUGGGCAUAUUAGGAAGAUAAUUGUUCCUGUACCUGGACCUCAAGGAAUUGUAAAAGGACCAGGAGGUCAUCCAAUACAAAUUGUGCCUGGCGGACGCGGUAGCACUCCACAAGUCUUGACUGAUGAUGAUGGAAACUUGGAUAGGAUAAUUAUGCCAGGUGGAGGAGCAGGAACCACUCCUGGUUCUGUUACAGGGCCCGAUGGGAAGCCUAUAAAACUUAUUCCGGAAAGCCCGGGAACGACACCAGGUGUAGUAACAGGACCCGAUGGUGAUAUACAAAAAAUUGUCGUACCAAAAGGGCCAACUACAACAACCAAAGGUCCUGGUAGUUUAUUAAUUGGUCUUGGUAGUACUCCUGGAAAGACCAGUAUUGAAGGACCAGAUGGAAAGCCAAUAAAAAUAAUCCCUGUAGGCGAGGGAACAACUCCCGGAGUCAUAACAGAUAAGCAUGGAAAACCAAAAGAAAUUUACGUUCCAAAGGGCUCAUUCACAACUCCAGGAAAAAUUCGAGGACCCCACGGCAAACCUAUUCAUAUUAUUCCGGCAGGACCAGGAACAACACCAGGAGCUAAAACAGAUCCGCAGGGAAAUAUCAAUAAAGUAAUUAUACCAACAACACCAGAUGCUCCUGGAUCACCAGAAGGAACACCAGGAAGUCCCAAUGGUCCUGGGCGUCAAAAACCUGGAAUAGGUGGUCCACAAGGAAAGCCAAUACAAAUUGUACCUGCUGGACCUGGUACAACACCUGGAACAGUAACGGGCCCAGAUGGUCAGCCUGUAAGGUUUAUUGUCCCUAAUGGAGCAUUCAUGACCCCAGGUUCAAUACCUGGACCUGAUGGAAGACCAAUCCAUGUUGAACCAGCAGGACCAGGAACCACACCAGGUGCUGAAACUGGACCCGAUGGAAACAUAAAUAAAAUAAUAUUACCAACUACACCAUUCAGACCAUCACCUGAACCUCCAACAACAACAACUAAAAUUGAAGGACCUCAGGGAAAACCAAUCCUAAUACUUCCUGCUGGUCCAGGAACAACACCAGGAACAGUUACUGGCCCAGACGGAAAACCUACAAAGUUCAUCGUGCCACUUGGUGCUUUUACUACACCAGGUUCUAUACAGGGACCUGAUGGCAAACCAAUCCAUGUUGAACCAGCAGGACCUGGCACCACUCCGGGAACGAUAACAGAUUCUAAAGGCAACGUAAAAGAGAUAAUACUUCCUACAACACCAAAAGGACAGCAGUUUUACUUUCCACCAACCCCAAGACCAACUCCAACCCCUGUCACGGGAACUGAAGGAAAACCAAUACAAAUUAUACCAGCAGGACCUGGUACAACACCUGGAACCGUCACAGGGUCUGACGGCAAACCUACUAAAUUCAUCGUGCCUACGGGUGCUUUUACAACACCCGGAUCAAUCCCUGGGCCAGAUGGCCGACCAAUUCAUGUUGAACCUGCAGGGCCAGGUACAACUCCGGGGGCUCAGACUGGGCCGGAUGGUAAAAUAAACAGAAUUUUCCUUCCAUCUACACCUAAAGAUGCAGGUGGACCAGGAAUAAAUUUCGGAACACCAGCUACUACACCAACACCAAUUCCGGGACCAAAAGGCAGGCCUAUUCAGAUUGUACCAGCUGGACCAGGUACAACACCUGGAACAAUCACGGGACCGGAUGGCAAGCCAACAAAAUUUAUAAUUCCAUUAGGUGCUUUCACAACACCUGGCUCAAUACCUGGUCCGGACGGUAGACCAAUUCACGUUGAGCCAGCAGGACCAGGAACAACACCAGGAGCUGAAACAGGUCCAGAUGGUAAAAUAAACAAAAUCAUUGUUCCGACAACACCUAAAGGCCCAGGAGGACCAGGAUUCAAUUUCGGAACGCCAGCCACAACACCAACUCCUGUUCCAGGACCAGAAGGAAGGCCAAUACAGAUAGUUCCAGCUGGACCCGGUACUACACCAGGAACAGUGACUGGACCAGAUGGCAAACCGAUUAAAUUUAUAAUUCCUUUAGGCGCUUUCACAACACCUGGUUCAAUACCUGGUCCAGACGGUAGACCUAUUCACGUAGAGCCAGCAGGACCAGGAACGACACCAGGAGCAGAAACAGGUCCUGAUGGCAAAAUCAACAAAAUCAUUGUUCCGACAACACCUAAGGGGCCAGGAGGACCCGGAUACAAUUUCGGAACACCAGCAACAACACCUACUCCUGUUCCAGGACCAGAAGGAAAACCAAUACAGAUAGUUCCAGCUGGACCCGGUACUACUCCAGGAACAGUCACUGGACCAGAUGGUAAACCGACUAAAUUUAUUAUUCCUUUAGGAGCGUUUACAACGCCAGGUUCAAUACCUGGCCCAGAUGGCAGACCAAUUCAUGUUCAGCCAGCAGGACCAGGAACAACUCCUGGAGCCGAGACUGGACCUGAUGGUAAAAUAAAUAAAAUUAUUGUUCCAACAACCCCUAAAAGCCCCGAAGGACCUGGCGGACAACCUAUGUAUCCUUUCGGACCAGGAAACCCAUACGGACCUGGAGAACAAACGACAACAACACCAAUUCCAGGACCGGACGGUAAACCACUUCAGAUUGAGCCAGCUGGACCAGGUACCACUCCAGGAACAGUGACAGGACCUGACGGAAAACCGAAGAAAUUCGUCGUCCCCAAAGGAGCAUUCACUACACCAGGAUCAAUUCCCGGACCCGAUGGCAAACCAAUCCAUGUUGAGCCUGCUGGUCCCGGAACCACUCCUGGCGCUCAGACUGGACCUGACGGCAAAAUAAACAAAAUUAUUGUUCCAACCACUACGACACCCAAAGGCCCAGUAGGACCCGGAGGUAUGCCAUUAUCUCCAUAUUAUCCUCAGGGACCUGGAGGUCAACCUAUGUAUCCUUUCGGACCGGGAAGCCCAUACGGACCUGGAGAACAAACGACAACAACACCAAUUCCAGGACCGGACGGUAAACCACUUCAAAUUGAGCCAGCUGGACCAGGUACAACACCAGGAACAGUGACAGGACCUGACGGAAAACCGAAGAAAUUCGUCCUCCCCAAAGGAGCAUUCACUACACCAGGAUCAAUCCCCGGACCCGAUGGCAAACCAAUCCAUGUUGAGCCUGCUGGUCCCGGAACCACUCCUGGCGCUCAGACUGGACCUGACGGCAAAAUAAACAAACUUGUUGUCCCAACCACUACAACACCCAAAGGCCCAGUAGGACCCGGAGGUAUGCCAUUAUCUCCAUAUUAUCCUCAGGGACCUGGAGGUCAACCUAUGUAUCCUUUCGGACCAGGAAGCCCAUACGGACCUGGAGAACAAACGACAACAACACCAAUUCCAGGACCAGACGGUAAACCACUACAGAUUGAGCCAGCUGGACCAGGUACCACUCCAGGAACAGUGACAGGACCUGACGGAAAACCGAAGAAAUUCGUCCUCCCCAAAGGAGCAUUCACUACACCAGGAUCAAUCCCCGGACCCGAUGGCAAACCAAUCCAUGUUGAGCCUGCUGGUCCCGGAACCACUCCUGGCGCUCAGACUGGACCUGACGGCAAAAUAAACAAACUUGUUGUCCCAACCACUACAACACCCAAAGGCCCAGUAGGACCCGGAGGUAUGCCAUUAUCUCCAUAUUAUCCUCAGGGACCUGGAGGUCAACCUAUGUAUCCUUUCGGACCAGGAAGCCCAUACGGACCUGGAGAACAAACGACAACAACACCAAUUCCAGGACCAGACGGUAAACCACUACAGAUUGAGCCAGCUGGACCAGGCACCACUCCAGGAACAGUGACAGGACCUGACGGAAAACCGAAGAAAUUCGUCCUCCCCAAAGGAGCAUUCACUACACCAGGAUCAAUCCCCGGACCCGAUGGCAAACCAAUCCAUGUUGAGCCUGCUGGUCCCGGAACCACUCCUGGCGCUCAGACUGGACCUGACGGCAAAAUAAACAAACUUGUUGUCCCAACCACUACAACACCCAAAGGCCCAGUAGGACCCGGAGGUAUGCCAUUAUCUCCAUAUUAUCCUCAGGGACCUGGAGGUCAACCUAUGUAUCCUUUCGGACCAGGAAGCCCAUACGGACCUGGAGAACAAACGACAACAACACCAAUUCCAGGACCAGACGGUAAACCACUACAGAUUGAGCCAGCUGGACCAGGCACCACUCCAGGAACAGUGACAGGACCUGACGGAAAACCGAAGAAAUUCGUCCUCCCCAAAGGAGCAUUCACUACACCAGGAUCAAUCCCCGGACCCGAUGGCAAACCAAUCCAUGUUGAGCCUGCUGGUCCCGGAACCACUCCUGGCGCUCAGACUGGACCUGACGGCAAAAUAAACAAACUUGUUGUCCCAACCACUACAACACCCAAAGGCCCAGUAGGACCCGGAGGUAUGCCAUUAUCUCCAUAUUAUCCUCAGGGACCUGGAGGUCAACCUAUGUAUCCUUUCGGACCAGGAAGCCCAUACGGACCUGGAGAACAAACGACAACAACACCAAUUCCAGGACCAGACGGUAAACCACUACAGAUUGAGCCAGCUGGACCAGGCACCACUCCAGGAACAGUGACAGGACCUGACGGAAAACCGAAGAAAUUCGUCCUCCCCAAAGGAGCAUUCACUACACCAGGAUCAAUCCCCGGACCCGAUGGCAAACCAAUCCAUGUUGAGCCUGCUGGUCCCGGAACCACUCCUGGCGCUCAGACUGGACCUGACGGCAAAAUAAACAAACUUGUUGUCCCAACCACUACAACACCCAAAGGCCCAGUAGGACCCGGAGGUAUGCCAUUAUCUCCAUAUUAUCCUCAGGGACCUGGAGGUCAACCUAUGUAUCCUUUCGGACCAGGAAGCCCAUACGGACCUGGAGAACAAACGACAACAACACCAAUUCCAGGACCAGACGGUAAACCACUACAGAUUGAGCCAGCUGGACCAGGUACCACUCCAGGAACAGUGACAGGACCUGACGGAAAACCGAAGAAAUUCGUCCUCCCCAAAGGAGCAUUCACUACACCAGGAUCAAUCCCCGGACCCGAUGGCAAACCAAUCCAUGUUGAGCCUGCUGGUCCCGGAACCACUCCUGGCGCUCAGACUGGACCUGACGGCAAAAUAAACAAACUUGUUGUCCCAACCACUACAACACCCAAAGGCCCAGUAGGACCCGGAGGUAUGCCAUUAUCUCCAUAUUAUCCUCAGGGACCUGGAGGUCAACCUAUGUAUCCUUUCGGACCAGGAAGCCCAUACGGACCUGGAGAACAAACGACAACAACACCAAUUCCAGGACCAGACGGUAAACCACUACAGAUUGAGCCAGCUGGACCAGGUACCACUCCAGGAACAGUGACAGGACCUGACGGAAAACCGAAGAAAUUCGUCCUCCCCAAAGGAGCAUUCACUACACCAGGAUCAAUCCCCGGACCCGAUGGCAAACCAAUCCAUGUUGAGCCUGCUGGUCCCGGAACCACUCCUGGCGCUCAGACUGGACCUGACGGCAAAAUAAACAAACUUGUUGUCCCAACCACUACAACACCCAAAGGCCCAGUAGGACCCGGAGGUAUGCCAUUAUCUCCAUAUUAUCCUCAGGGACCUGGAGGUCAACCUAUGUAUCCUUUCGGACCAGGAAGCCCAUACGGACCUGGAGAACAAACGACAACAACACCAAUUCCAGGACCAGACGGUAAACCACUACAGAUUGAGCCAGCUGGACCAGGCACCACUCCAGGAACAGUGACAGGACCUGACGGAAAACCGAAGAAAUUCGUCCUCCCCAAAGGAGCAUUCACUACACCAGGAUCAAUCCCCGGACCCGAUGGCAAACCAAUCCAUGUUGAGCCUGCUGGUCCCGGAACCACUCCUGGCGCUCAGACUGGACCUGACGGCAAAAUAAACAAACUUGUUGUCCCAACCACUACAACACCCAAAGGCCCAGUAGGACCCGGAGGUAUGCCAUUAUCUCCAUAUUAUCCUCAGGGACCUGGAGGUCAACCUAUGUAUCCUUUCGGACCAGGAAGCCCAUACGGACCUGGAGAACAAACGACAACAACACCAAUUCCAGGACCAGACGGUAAACCACUACAGAUUGAGCCAGCUGGACCAGGUACCACUCCAGGAACAGUGACAGGACCUGACGGAAAACCGAAGAAAUUCGUCCUCCCCAAAGGAGCAUUCACUACACCAGGAUCAAUCCCCGGACCCGAUGGCAAACCAAUCCAUGUUGAGCCUGCUGGUCCCGGAACCACUCCUGGCGCUCAGACUGGACCUGACGGCAAAAUAAACAAACUUGUUGUCCCAACCACUACAACACCCAAAGGCCCAGUAGGACCCGGAGGUCAACCUAUGUAUCCUUUCGGACCAGGAAGCCCAUACGGACCUGGAGAACAAACGACAACAACACCAAUUCCAGGACCAGACGGUAAACCACUACAGAUUGAGCCAGCUGGACCAGGUACCACUCCAGGAACAGUGACAGGACCCGACGGAAAACCGAAUAAAUUCGUCCUCCCCAAAGGAGCAUUCACUACACCAGGAUCAAUCCCCGGACCCGAUGGCAAACCAAUCCAUGUUGAGCCUGCUGGUCCCGGAACCACACCUGGCGCUCAGACUGGACCUGACGGCAAAAUCAACAAACUUGUAGUCCCAACAACUACAACACCCAAAGGCCCGCUAGGACCCGGAGGUCAACCUAUGUAUCCUUCCGGACCCCAAGGACCUGGAGGACAGACAACAACGACACCAAUUCCAGGACCUGAUGGUAAACCACUACAGAUUGAGCCAGCUGGACCAGGUACCACUCCAGGAACAGUGACAGGACCCGACGGAAAACCGAAUAAAUUCGUCCUCCCCAAAGGAGCAUUCACUACACCAGGAUCAAUCCCCGGACCCGAUGGCAAACCAAUCCAUGUUGAGCCUGCUGGUCCCGGAACUACACCUGGCGCUCAGACUGGACCUGACGGCAAAAUCAACAAACUUGUAGUCCCAACAACUACAACACCCAAAGGCCCGCUAGGACUCGGAGGUCAACCUAUGUAUCCUUCCGGACCCCAAGGACCUGGAGGACAGACAACAACGACACCAAUUCCAGGACCUGACGGUAAACCACUACAGAUUGAGCCAGCUGGACCAGGUACCACUCCAGGAACAGUGACAGGACCCGACGGAAAACCGAAUAAAUUCGUCCUCCCCAAAGGAGCAUUCACUACACCAGGAUCAAUCCCCGGACCCGAUGGCAAACCAAUCCAUGUUGAGCCUGCUGGUCCCGGAACCACACCUGGCGCUCAGACUGGACCUGACGGCAAAAUCAACAAACUUGUAGUCCCAACAACUACAACACCCAAAAGCCCGCUAGGACCCGGAGGUCAACCUAUGUAUCCUUCCGGACCCCAAGGACCUGCAGGACAGACAACAACGACACCAAUUCCAGGACCUGACGGUAAACCACUACAGAUUGAGCCAGCUGGACCAGGUACCACUCCAGGAACAGUGACAGGACCCGACGGAAAACCGAAUAAAUUCGUCCUCCCCAAAGGAGCAUUCACUACACCAGGAUCAAUCCCCGGACCCGAUGGCAAACCAAUCCAUGUUGAGCCUGCUGGUCCCGGAACCACACCUGGCGCUCAGACUGGACCUGACGGCAAAAUCAACAAACUUGUAGUCCCAACAACUACAACACCCAAAGGCCCGCUAGGACCCGGAGGUCAACCUAUGUAUCCUUCCGGACCCCAAGGACCUGGAGGACAGACAACAACGACACCAAUUCCAGGACCUGACGGUAAACCACUACAGAUUGAGCCAGCUGGACCCGGUACCACUCCAGGAACAGUGACAGGACCCGACGGAAAACCGAAUAAAUUCGUCCUCCCCAAAGGAGCAUUCACUACACCAGGAUCAAUCCCCGGACCCGAUGGCAAACCAAUCCAUGUUGAGCCUGCUGGUCCCGGAACCACACCUGGCGCUCAGACUGGACCUGACGGCAAAAUCAACAAAAUUGUAGUCCCAACAACUACAACACCCAAAGGCCCGCUAGGACCCGGAGGUCAACCUAUGUAUCCUUCCGGACCCCAAGGACCUGGAGGACAGACAACAACGACACCAAUUCCAGGACCUGACGGUAAACCACUACAGAUUGAGCCAGCUGGACCAGGUACCACUCCAGGAACAGUGACAGGACCCGACGGAAAACCGAAUAAAUUCGUCCUCCCCAAAGGAGCAUUCACUACACCAGGAUCAAUCCCCGGACCCGAUGGCAAACCAAUCCAUGUUGAGCCUGCUGGUCCCGGAACCACACCUGGCGCUCAGACUGGACCUGACGGCAAAAUCAACAAACUUGUAGUCCCAACAACUACAACACCCAAAGGCCCGCUAGGACCCGGAGGUCAACCUAUGUAUCCUUCCGGACCCCAAGGACCUGGAGGACAGACAACAACGACACCAAUUCCAGGACCUGACGGUAAACCACUACAGAUUGAGCCAGCUGGACCAGGUACCACUCCAGGAACAGUGACAGGACCCGACGGAAAACCGAAUAAAUUCGUCCUCCCCAAAGGAGCAUUCACUACACCAGGAUCAAUCCCCGGACCCGAUGGCAAACCAAUCCAUGUUGAGCCUGCUGGUCCCGGAACCACACCUGGCGCUCAGACUGGACCUGACGGCAAAAUCAACAAACUUGUAGUCCCAACAACUACAACACCCAAAGGCCCGCUAGGACCCGGAGGUCAACCUAUGUAUCCUUCCGGACCCCAAGGACCUGGAGGACAGACAACAACGACACCAAUUCCAGGACCUGACGGUAAACCACUACAGAUUGAGCCAGCUGGACCAGGUACCACUCCAGGAACAGUGACAGGACCCGACGGAAAACCGAAUAAAUUCGUCCUCCCCAAAGGAGCAUUCACUACACCAGGAUCAAUCCCCGGACCCGAUGGCAAACCAAUCCAUGUUGAGCCUGCUGGUCCCGGAACCACACCUGGCGCUCAGACUGGACCUGACGGCAAAAUCAACAAACUUGUAGUCCCAACAACUACAACACCCAAAGGCCCGCUAGGACCCGGAGGUCAACCUAUGUAUCCUUCCGGACCCCAAGGACCUGGAGGACAGACAACAACGACACCAAUUCCAGGACCUGACGGUAAACCACUACAGAUUGAGCCAGCUGGACCAGGUACCACUCCAGGAACAGUGACAGGACCCGACGGAAAACCGAAUAAAUUCGUCCUCCCCAAAGGAGCAUUCACUACACCAGGAUCAAUCCCCGGACCCGAUGGCAAACCAAUCCAUGUUGAGCCUGCUGGUCCCGGAACCACACCUGGCGCUCAGACUGGACCUGACGGCAAAAUCAACAAACUUGUAGUCCCAACAACUACAACACCCAAAGGCCCGCUAGGACCCGGAGGUCAACCUAUGUAUCCUUCCGGACCCCAAGGACCUGGAGGACAGACAACAACGACACCAAUUCCAGGACCUGACGGUAAACCACUACAGAUUGAGCCAGCUGGACCAGGUACCACUCCAGGAACAGUGACAGGACCCGACGGAAAACCGAAUAAAUUCGUCCUCCCCAAAGGAGCAUUCACUACACCAGGAUCAAUCCCCGGACCCGAUGGCAAACCAAUCCAUGUUGAGCCUGCUGGUCCCGGAACCACACCUGGCGCUCAGACUGGACCUGACGGCAAAAUCAACAAACUUGUAGUCCCAACAACUACAACACCCAAAGGCCCGCUAGGACCCGGAGGUCAACCUAUGUAUCCUUCCGGACCCCAAGGACCUGGAGGACAGACAACAACGACACCAAUUCCAGGACCUGACGGUAAACCACUACAGAUUGAGCCAGCUGGACCAGGUACCACUCCAGGAACAGUGACAGGACCCAACGGAAAACCGAAUAAAUUCGUCCUCCCCAAAGGAGCAUUCACUACACCAGGAUCAAUCCCCGGACCCGAUGGCAAACCAAUCCAUGUUGAGCCUGCUGGUCCCGGAACCACACCUGGCGCUCAGACUGGACCUGACGGCAAAAUCAACAAACUUGUAGUCCCAACAACUACAACACCCAAAGGCCCGCUAGGACCCGGAGGUCAACCUAUGUAUCCUUCCGGACCCCAAGGACCUGGAGGACAGACAACAACGACACCAAUUCCAGGACCUGACGGUAAACCACUACAGAUUGAGCCAGCUGGACCAGGUACCACUCCAGGAACAGUGACAGGACCCGACGGAAAACCGAAUAAAUUCGUCCUCCCCAAAGGAGCAUUCACUACACCAGGAUCAAUCCCCGGACCCGAUGGCAAACCAAUCCAUGUUGAGCCUGCUGGUCCCGGAACCACACCUGGCGCUCAGACUGGACCUGACGGCAAAAUCAACAAACUUGUAGUCCCAACAACUACAACACCCAAAGGCCCGCUAGGACCCGGAGGUCAACCUAUGUAUCCUUCCGGACCCCAAGGACCUGGAGGACAGACAACAACGACACCAAUUCCAGGACCUGACGGUAAACCACUACAGAUUGAGCCAGCUGGACCAGGUACCACUCCAGGAACAGUGACAGGACCCGACGGAAAACCGAAUAAAUUCGUCCUCCCCAAAGGAGCAUUCACUACACCAGGAUCAAUCCCCGGACCCGAUGGCAAACCAAUCCAUGUUGAGCCUGCUGGUCCCGGAACCACACCUGGCGCUCAGACUGGACCUGACGGCAAAAUCAACAAACUUGUAGUCCCAACAACUACAACACCCAAAGGCCCGCUAGGACCCGGAGGUCAACCUAUGUAUCCUUCCGGACCCCAAGGACCUGGAGGACAGACAACAACGACACCAAUUCCAGGACCUGACGGUAAACCACUACAGAUUGAGCCAGCUGGACCAGGUACCACUCCAGGAACAGUGACAGGACCCGACGGAAAACCGAAUAAAUUCGUCCUCCCCAAAGGAGCAUUCACUACACCAGGAUCAAUCCCCGGACCCGAUGGCAAACCAAUCCAUGUUGAGCCUGCUGGUCCCGGAACCACACCUGGCGCUCAGACUGGACCUGACGGCAAAAUCAACAAACUUGUAGUCCCAACAACUACAACACCCAAAGGCCCGCUAGGACCCGGAGGUCAACCUAUGUAUCCUUCCGGACCCCAAGGACCUGGAGGACAGACAACAACGACACCAAUUCCAGGACCUGACGGUAAACCACUACAGAUUGAGCCAGCUGGACCAGGUACCACUCCAGGAACAGUGACAGGACCCGACGGAAAACCGAAUAAAUUCGUCCUCCCCAAAGGAGCAUUCACUACACCAGGAUCAAUCCCCGGACCCGAUGGCAAACCAAUCCAUGUUGAGCCUGCUGGUCCCGGAACCACACCUGGCGCUCAGACUGGACCUGACGGCAAAAUCAACAAACUUGUAGUCCCAACAACUACAACACCCAAAGGCCCGCUAGGACCCGGAGGUCAACCUAUGUAUCCUUCCGGACCCCAAGGACCUGGAGGACAGACAACAACGACACCAAUUCCAGGACCUGACGGUAAACCACUACAGAUUGAGCCAGCUGGACCAGGUACCACUCCAGGAACAGUGACAGGACCCGACGGAAAACCGAAUAAAUUCGUCCUCCCCAAAGGAGCAUUCACUACACCAGGAUCAAUCCCCGGACCCGAUGGCAAACCAAUCCAUGUUGAGCCUGCUGGUCCCGGAACCACACCUGGCGCUCAGACUGGACCUGACGGCAAAAUCAACAAACUUGUAGUCCCAACAACUACAACACCCAAAGGCCCGCUAGGACCCGGAGGUCAACCUAUGUAUCCUUUCGGACCCCAAGGACCUGGAGGACAGACAACAACGACACCAAUUCCAGGACCUGACGGUAAACCACUACAGAUUGAGCCAGCUGGACCAGGUACCACUCCAGGAACAGUGACAGGACCCGACGGAAAACCGAAUAAAUUCGUCCUCCCCAAAGGAGCAUUCACUACACCAGGAUCAAUCCCCGGACCCGAUGGCAAACCAAUCCAUGUUGAGCCUGCUGGUCCCGGAACCACACCUGGCGCUCAGACUGGACCUGACGGCAAAAUCAACAAACUUGUAGUCCCAACAACUACAACACCCAAAGGCCCGCUAGGACCCGGAGGUCAACCUAUGUAUCCUUCCGGACCCCAAGGACCUGGAGGACAGACAACAACGACACCAAUUCCAGGACCUGACGGUAAACCACUACAGAUUGAGCCAGCUGGACCAGGUACCACUCCAGGAACAGUGACAGGACCCGACGGAAAACCGAAUAAAUUCGUCCUCCCCAAAGGAGCAUUCACUACACCAGGAUCAAUCCCCGGACCCGAUGGCAAACCAAUCUAUGUUGAGCCUGCUGGUCCCGGAACCACACCUGGCGCUCAGACUGGACCUGACGGCAAAAUCAACAAACUUGUAGUCCCAACAACUACAACACCCAAAGGCCCGCUAGGACCCGGAGGUCAACCUAUGUAUCCUUCCGGACCCCAAGGACCUGGAGGACAGACAACAACGACACCAAUUCCAGGACCUGACGGUAAACCACUACAGAUUGAGCCAGCUGGACCAGGUACCACUCCAGGAACAGUGACAGGACCCGACGGAAAACCGAAUAAAUUCGUCCUCCCCAAAGGAGCAUUCACUACACCAGGAUCAAUCCCCGGACCCGAUGGCAAACCAAUCCAUGUUGAGCCUGCUGGUCCCGGAACCACACCUGGCGCUCAGACUGGACCUGACGGCAAAAUCAACAAACUUGUAGUCCCAACAACUACAACACCCAAAGGCCCGCUAGGACCCGGAGGUCAACCUAUGUAUCCUUCCGGACCCCAAGGACCUGGAGGACAGACAACAACGACACCAAUUCCAGGACCUGACGGUAAACCACUACAGAUUGAGCCAGCUGGACCAGGUACCACUCCAGGAACAGUGACAGGACCCGACGGAAAACCGAAUAAAUUCGUCCUCCCCAAAGGAGCAUUCACUACACCAGGAUCAAUCCCCGGACCCGAUGGCAAACCAAUCCAUGUUGAGCCUGCUGGUCCCGGAACCACACCUGGCGCUCAGACUGGACCUGACGGCAAAAUCAACAAACUUGUAGUCCCAACAACUACAACACCCAAAGGCCCGCUAGGACCCGGAGGUCAACCUAUGUAUCCUUCCGGACCCCAAGGACCUGGAGGACAGACAACAACGACACCAAUUCCAGGACCUGACGGUAAACCACUACAGAUUGAGCCAGCUGGACCAGGUACCACUCCAGGAACAGUGACAGGACCCGACGGAAAACCGAAUAAAUUCGUCCUCCCCAAAGGAGCAUUCACUACACCAGGAUCAAUCCCCGGACCCGAUGGCAAACCAAUCCAUGUUGAGCCUGCUGGUCCCGGAACCACACCUGGCGCUCAGACUGGACCUGACGGCAAAAUCAACAAACUUGUAGUCCCAACAACUACAACACCCAAAGGCCCGCUAGGACCCGGAGGUCAACCUAUGUAUCCUUCCGGACCCCAAGGACCUGGAGGACAGACAACAACGACACCAAUUCCAGGACCUGACGGUAAACCACUACAGAUUGAGCCAGCUGGACCAGGUACCACUCCAGGAACAGUGACAGGACCCGACGGAAAACCGAAUAAAUUCGUCCUCCCCAAAGGAGCAUUCACUACACCAGGAUCAAUCCCCGGACCCGAUGGCAAACCAAUCCAUGUUGAGCCUGCUGGUCCCGGAACCACACCUGGCGCUCAGACUGGACCUGACGGCAAAAUCAACAAACUUGUAGUCCCAACAACUACAACACCCAAAGGCCCGCUAGGACCCGGAGGUCAACCUAUGUAUCCUUCCGGACCCCAAGGACCUGGAGGACAGACAACAACGACACCAAUUCCAGGACCUGACGGUAAACCACUACAGAUUGAGCCAGCUGGACCAGGUACCACUCCAGGAACAGUGACAGGACCCGACGGAAAACCGAAUAAAUUCGUCCUCCCCAAAGGAGCAUUCACUACACCAGGAUCAAUCCCCGGACCCGAUGGCAAACCAAUCCAUGUUGAGCCUGCUGGUCCCGGAACCACACCUGGCGCUCAGACUGGACCUGACGGCAAAAUCAACAAACUUGUAGUCCCAACAACUACAACACCCAAAGGCCCGCUAGGACCCGGAGGUCAACCUAUGUAUCCUUCCGGACCCCAAGGACCUGGAGGACAGACAACAACGACACCAAUUCCAGGACCUGACGGUAAACCACUACAGAUUGAGCCAGCUGGACCAGGUACCACUCCAGGAACAGUGACAGGACCCGACGGAAAACCGAAUAAAUUCGUCCUCCCCAAAGGAGCAUUCACUACACCAGGAUCAAUCCCCGGACCCGAUGGCAAACCAAUCCAUGUUGAGCCUGCUGGUCCCGGAACCACACCUGGCGCUCAGACUGGACCUGACGGCAAAAUCAACAAACUUGUAGUCCCAACAACUACAACACCCAAAGGCCCGCUAGGACCCGGAGGUCAACCUAUGUAUCCUUCCGGACCCCAAGGACCUGGAGGACAGACAACAACGACACCAAUUCCAGGACCUGACGGUAAACCACUACAGAUUGAGCCAGCUGGACCAGGUACCACUCCAGGAACAGUGACAGGACCCGACGGAAAACCGAAUAAAUUCGUCCUCCCCAAAGGAGCAUUCACUACACCAGGAUCAAUCCCCGGACCCGAUGGCAAACCAAUCCAUGUUGAGCCUGCUGGUCCCGGAACCACACCUGGCACUCAGACUGGACCUGACGGCAAAAUCAACAAACUUGUAGUCCCAACAACUACAACACCCAAAGGCCCGCUAGGACCCGGAGGUCAACCUAUGUAUCCUUCCGGACCCCAAGGACCUGGAGGACAGACAACAACGACACCAAUUCCAGGACCUGACGGUAAACCACUACAGAUUGAGCCAGCAGGACCUGGUACCACUCCAGGAACAGUGACAGGACCCGACGGAAAACCGAAUAAAUUCGUCCUUCCCAAAGGAGCAUUCACUACACCAGGAUCAAUCCCCGGACCCGAUGGCAAACCAAUCCAUGUUGAGCCUGCUGGUCCCGGAACCACUCCUGGCGCUCAGACCGGACCUGACGGUAAAAUUAACAAACUUGUUGUCCCAACCACUACAACAACCAAAGGCCCGCUAGGACCCGGAGGUCAACCUAUGUAUCCUUCCGGACCCCAAGGACCUGGAGGACAGACAACAACGACACCAAUUCCAGGACCUGACGGUAAACCACUACAGAUUGAGCCAGCUGGACCAGGUACCACUCCAGGAACAGUGACAGGACCCGACGGAAAACCGAAUAAAUUCGUCCUCCCCAAAGGAGCAUUCACUACACCAGGAUCAAUCCCCGGACCCGAUGGCAAACCAAUCCAUGUUGAGCCUGCUGGUCCCGGAACCACACCUGGCGCUCAGACUGGACCUGACGGCAAAAUCAACAAACUUGUAGUCCCAACAACUACAACACCCAAAGGCCCGCUAGGACCCGGAGGUCAACCUAUGUAUCCUUCCGGACCCCAAGGACCUGGAGGACAGACAACAACGACACCAAUUCCAGGACCUGACGGUAAACCACUACAGAUUGAGCCAGCUGGACCAGGUACCACUCCAGGAACAGUGACAGGACCCGACGGAAAACCGAAUAAAUUCGUCCUCCCCAAAGGAGCAUUCACUACACCAGGAUCAAUCCCCGGACCCGAUGGCAAACCAAUCCAUGUUGAGCCUGCUGGUCCCGGAACCACACCUGGCGCUCAGACUGGACCUGACGGCAAAAUCAACAAACUUGUAGUCCCAACAACUACAACACCCAAAGGCCCACUAGGACCCGGAGGUCAACCUAUGUAUCCUUCCGGACCCCAAGGACCUGGAGGACAGACAACAACGACACCAAUUCCAGGACCUGACGGUAAACCACUACAGAUUGAGCCAGCAGGACCUGGUACCACUCCAGGAACAGUGACAGGACCCGACGGAAAACCGAAUAAAUUCGUCCUCCCCAAAGGAGCAUUCACUACACCAGGAUCAAUCCCCGGACCCGAUGGCAAACCAAUCCAUGUUGAGCCUGCUGGUCCCGGAACCACACCUGGCGCUCAGACUGGACCUGACGGCAAAAUCAACAAACUUGUAGUCCCAACAACUACAACACCCAAAGGCCCGCUAGGACCCGGAGGUCAACCUAUGUAUCCUUCCGGACCCCAAGGACCUGGAGGACAGACAACAACGACACCAAUUCCAGGACCUGACGGUAAACCACUACAGAUUGAGCCAGCUGGACCAGGUACCACUCCAGGAACAGUGACAGGACCCGACGGAAAACCGAAUAAAUUCGUCCUCCCCAAAGGAGCAUUCACUACACCAGGAUCAAUCCCCGGACCCGAUGGCAAACCAAUCCAUGUUGAGCCUGCUGGUCCCGGAACCACACCUGGCGCUCAGACUGGACCUGACGGCAAAAUCAACAAACUUGUAGUCCCAACAACUACAACACCCAAAGGCCCGCUAGGACCCGGAGGUCAACCUAUGUAUCCUUCCGGACCCCAAGGACCUGGAGGACAGACAACAACGACACCAAUUCCAGGACCUGACGGUAAACCACUACAGAUUGAGCCAGCUGGACCAGGUACCACUCCAGGAACAGUGACAGGACCCGACGGAAAACCGAAUAAAUUCGUCCUCCCCAAAGGAGCAUUCACUACACCAGGAUCAAUCCCCGGACCCGAUGGCAAACCAAUCCAUGUUGAGCCUGCUGGUCCCGGAACCACACCUGGCACUCAGACUGGACCUGACGGCAAAAUCAACAAACUUGUAGUCCCAACAACUACAACACCCAAAGGCCCGCUAGGACCCGGAGGUCAACCUAUGUAUCCUUCCGGACCCCAAGGACCUGGAGGACAGACAACAACGACACCAAUUCCAGGACCUGACGGUAAACCACUACAGAUUGAGCCAGCAGGACCUGGUACCACUCCAGGAACAGUGACAGGACCCGACGGAAAACCGAAUAAAUUCGUCCUUCCCAAAGGAGCAUUCACUACACCAGGAUCAAUCCCCGGACCCGAUGGCAAACCAAUCCAUGUUGAGCCUGCUGGUCCCGGAACCACUCCUGGCGCUCAGACCGGACCUGACGGUAAAAUUAACAAACUUGUUGUCCCAACCACUACAACACCCAAAGGCCCGCUAGGACCCGGAGGUCAACCUAUGUAUCCUUCCGGACCCCAAGGACCUGGAGGACAGACAACAACGACACCAAUUCCAGGACCUGACGGUAAACCACUACAGAUUGAGCCAGCUGGACCAGGUACCACUCCAGGAACAAUGACAGGACCCGACGGAAAACCGAAUAAAUUCGUCCUCCCCAAAGGAGCAUUCACUACACCAGGAUCAAUCCCCGGACCCGAUGGCAAACCAAUCCAUGUUGAGCCUGCUGGUCCCGGAACCACACCUGGCGCUCAGACUGGACCUGACGGCAAAAUCAACAAACUUGUAGUCCCAACAACUACAACACCCAAAGGCCCGCUAGGACCCGGAGGUCAACCUAUGUAUCCUUCCGGACCCCAAGGACCUGGAGGACAGACAACAACGACACCAAUUCCAGGACCUGACGGUAAACCACUACAGAUUGAGCCAGCUGGACCAGGUACCACUCCAGGAACAGUGACAGGACCCGACGGAAAACCGAAUAAAUUCGUCCUCCCCAAAGGAGCAUUCACUACACCAGGAUCAAUCCCCGGACCCGAUGGCAAACCAAUCCAUGUUGAGCCUGCUGGUCCCGGAACCACACCUGGUGCUCAGACUGGACCUGACGGCAAAAUCAACAAACUUGUAGUCCCAACAACUACAACACCCAAAGGCCCGCUAGGACCCGGAGGUCAACCUAUGUAUCCUUCCGGACCCCAAGGACCUGGAGGACAGACAACAACGACACCAAUUCCAGGACCUGACGGUAAACCACUACAGAUUGAGCCAGCAGGACCUGGUACCACUCCAGGAACAGUGACAGGACCCGACGGAAAACCGAAUAAAUUCGUCCUCCCCAAAGGAGCAUUCACUACACCAGGAUCAAUCCCCGGACCCGAUGGCAAACCAAUCCAUGUUGAGCCUGCUGGUCCCGGAACCACACCUGGCGCUCAGACUGGACCUGACGGCAAAAUCAACAAACUUGUAGUCCCAACAACUACAACACCCAAAGGCCCACUAGGACCCGGAGGUCAACCUAUGUAUCCUUCCGGACCCCAAGGACCUGGAGGACAGACAACAACGACACCAAUUCCAGGACCUGACGGUAAACCACUACAGAUUGAGCCAGCUGGACCAGGUACCACUCCAGGAACAGUGACAGGACCCGACGGAAAACCGAAUAAAUUCGUCCUCCCCAAAGGAGCAUACACUACACCAGGAUCAAUCCCCGGACCCGAUGGCAAACCAAUCCAUGUUGAGCCUGCUGGUCCCGGAACCACACCUGGCGCUCAGACUGGACCUGACGGCAAAAUCAACAAACUUGUAGUCCCAACAACUACAACACCCAAAGGCCCGCUAGGACCCGGAGGUCAACCUAUGUAUCCUUCCGGACCCCAAGGACCUGGAGGACAGACAACAACGACACCAAUUCCAGGACCUGACGGUAAACCACUACAGAUUGAGCCAGCUGGACCAGGUACCACUCCAGGAACAGUGACAGGACCCGACGGAAAACCGAAUAAAUUCGUCCUCCCCAAAGGAGCAUUCACUACACCAGGAUCAAUCCCCGGACCCGAUGGCAAACCAAUCCAUGUUGAGCCUGCUGGUCCCGGAACCACACCUGGCGCUCAGACUGGACCUGACGGCAAAAUCAACAAACUUGUAGUCCCAACAACUACAACACCCAAAGGCCCGCUAGGACCCGGAGGUCAACCUAUGUAUCCUUCCGGACCCCAAGGACCUGGAGGCCAGACAACAACGACACCAAUUCCCGGACCGAAUGGCAAGCCGAUACAGAUUGAGCCAGCAGGACCAGGUACUACUCCAGGUACAGUGACAGGACCUGACGGAAAACCAAAUAAAUUCGUCGUUCCCAAAGGAGCUUUCACAACGCCAGGAUCAAUUCCCGGACCCGAUGGCAAACCUAUCCAUGUUGAACCUGCUGGUCCUGGAUCAACUCCCGGUACUGUGACGGGACCAGAUGGUAGUAUAAACCAAGUCUUUGUUCCCACGACUCCAAAAUCGUCAGAAACUUCAGGUGGUAAAAAAGGUACUGGAGAAAAUCCGGCAAAUUCUAAUAAUGCUAUUGGACCUCUAAAACCUGCUAGCACCACAACUCCAACUUCAAUUUCUGGCCCAGAUGGCCAGCCAAUAAAUGUUGUUCCUGCUGGCCCAGGAACUACUCCAGGAACAGUCACUGGUCCCGAUGGAAAACCAAAGAAAUUUGUCGUCCCACAGGGAGCGUUCACAACACCAGGUUCAGUCCCUGGACCGGAUGGCAAUCCAAUUCCGGUUGAACCAGCAGGUCCAGGAACAACUCCAGGCACUCAGACUGGUCCUGAUGGAAAAAUAAAUAAAGUUAUUGUACCUACAACAACUCCAAGCCCGCAGGGAUCAGAAGAACAACCAGGAAAUCCUCUUAGUCCAAAUGGACAAACAACACCAGGAUCGGAAGGACCUGAUUUUAAUUUCCAAACUCCUAGACCCAUUAAAGGACCAAAAGGUAAACCUAUUCAGAUUAUUCCUGCAGGACCUGGCACAACACCAGGAACAGUCACCGGUCGUAAUGGCAGACCUAAGAGAUUUGUUGUUCCUAAGGGAGCCUUUACGACUCCCGGAUCUAUUCCAGGUCCAAAUGGAAAACCAAUUCAUGUAAAACCUGCAGGACCUGGAACAACACCUGGGGUUAAAACAGGCCCAGAUGGCAGUAUAGACAGUAUUAUUUUGCCUUCUACUCCAAAAGAUUCUCAACCAGGCUUCCCAACCUUCCAAUUCCGAACUCCAAAACCAAUUAAAGGACCCAAGGGAAAACCAUUGCAAGUAAUCCCUGCAGGUCCAGGCACUACACCCGGUGUAGUGACCGGUCCUGAUGGAAAACCUGUUAAAUUUAUAGUUCCUUUUGGAGCGUUUACCACUCCAGGAUCCAUUCCCGGACCUAAUGGAAAACCAAUACAUGUUAGGCCAGCUGGACCAGGAACAACUCCCGGAGCAAAAACAGAUUCUGAUGGCGAUAUAGAUAGCAUAGUUUUGCCUUCUACUCCAAAAGGACCAAGUCCAGGAUUGCAAUUCCAAACUCCAAAACCAAUUAAGGGUCCUGCUGGCAAACCCCUACAAAUUAUUCCAGCUGGUCCUGGCACAACACCGGGUGUUGUUACGGGUCCAGAUGGAGAACCAAUAGAAUAUAUUGUUCCCUUUGGGGCAUUUACGACUCCUGGAUCUAUACCUGGAGCAAAUGGAAAACCAAUUCAUGUUAAACCAGCGGGUCCUGGAACAACACCAGGCGCUAAAACUGAUUCUGAUGGAGAUAUAGAUAGUAUUGUUUUGCCAUCAACGCCAAAAGGACCAAGUCCAGGAUUUCAGUUCCAGACACCCAGACCUAUUACUGCACCUGGUGGAAAACCAAUUCAAAUUGUACCUGCCGGUCCAGGUACUACACCAGGUGUUGUGACAGACCCAGAAGGACAUCCUGUUAAAUUUAUAGUUCCAAAGGGAGCAUUUACCACACCAGGAUCUAUUAUGGGACCUCACGGAAAGCCUAUUCAUGUCAGACCCGCUGGACCUGGAACUACCCCAGGAGCUAAGACAGACUCCGACGGAAGUAUUGAUAGUAUCGUUUUGCCAACAACACCCAAAGGCUCUGGUCCCGGCUUCCAAUUCCAGACUCCCAAAUCUGUAACUAAACCUGAUGGCCAACCAAUUCAAGUCGUUCCUGCAGGACCAGGUACAACCCCAGGUGUUGUGACCGGCCCUGAUGGACAACCUGUUAAAUUUAUCGUUCCACAAGGGGCGUUCACCACUCCAGGAUCUUUUAUGGGACCUAACGGCAAACCUAUUCAUGUCGGACCCGCUGGCCCUGGAACUACUCCUGGUGCAAAGACUAACUCCGAUGGAAGUAUUGACAGCAUUGUUUUACCAACAACGCCGAAAGGAUCCGGUCCAGGCUACCAAUUCCCGUCUCCCAAAUCUGUAACUAAACCUGAUGGCCAACCUAUUCAAGUCGUUCCUGCAGGACCAGGUACAACACCAGGUGUUGUGACCGGCCCUGAUGGACGACCUGUUAAAUUUAUCGUUCCACAAGGAGCGUUCACCACUCCAGGAUCUUUUAUGGGACCUAACGGCAAACCUAUUCAUGUCGGACCCGCUGGCCCUGGAACUACUCCUGGUGCAAAGACUAACUCCGAUGGAAGUAUUGACAGCAUUGUUUUACCAACAACGCCGAAAGGAUCUGGUCCAGGCUUCCAAUUCCCGACUCCCAAAUCUGUAACUAAACCUGAUGGCCAACCUAUUCAAGUCAUUCCUGCCGGACCAGGUACGACCCCAGGUGUUGUGACAGGUCCUGAUGGACGACCUGUUAAAUUUAUCGUUCCACAAGGAGCGUUCACCACUCCAGGAUCUUUUAUGGGACCGAACGGCAAACCUAUUCAUGUCGGACCUGCUGGACCUGGAACCACACCUGGAGCGAAGACAGACUCCGAUGGAAAUAUUGACAGUAUUGUUUUGCCAAGAACUCCCAGAGGAGCAGGUCCUGGAUUCCAAUUUUCAACACCAGGACCAGUACCGCGACCAGAUGGGCAACCUAUUCAAAUUGUCCCUGCUGGUGUAGGUACUACUCCUGGCGUUGUGACCGGUCCAGAUGGCCAACCUGUGAAAUUCAUUGUUCCUAAUGGUGCAUUUUCAACACCAGGAUAUAUCCCCGGACCUCAUGGGAAACCUAUUCGAGUUGGUCCAGCCGGACCUGGUACUACUCCAGGUGCGAAAACGGAUUCUGACGGAGAUGUAAGUGAAAUAGUAUUGCCUUCUACUCCCAGCCCACCGGCACCUAAGCCAGUUAAUCCAACAACACCAACUGAUGUUCAAGGGCCUCAAGGUGGUCCAAUAAUGAUUAUACCAGCCGGACCAGGUACUACUCCAGGGACAAUUACAGAUCCAGAUGGUAAUCCUACGAAAUUUAUAGUACCUUUAGGAGCUUUCACGACACCAGGAUCUAUUCCCGGCCCUGAUGGAAAACCGAUACAUGUGCAACCAGCUGGUCCAGGUACGACACCAGGAGCCGAAACAGGACCAGAUGGAAAAAUAAAUAAAAUUAUUUUGCCUACAACACCUAAAAGACCAUCCUACCCAGUUCCUACAACCACAACUCCAAUACCAGGCCCUGGACAACCUAUCCAAAUAGUUCCUGCCGGACCAGGAACAACUCCAGGUACUGUUACUGGUCCUGAUGGGCAGCCAGUGAAAUUUAUUGUACCACAAGGCGCUUUUGUUACCCCAGGCACGAUUCCAGGUCCUGAUGGAAAACCUAUUCCUGUGGAACCACAGGGACCAGGAAGUACACCAGGCGCUGAAUUGGGUCCUGAUGGGAAAAUAAAUAAAAUUGUUCUUCCCACAACUCCUUCUAAUCCACCAUCCUCAGGUCCAUUAAAUCCGAAAGGUGAGCCCAUUCCACCAUUUGGACCAGGAAAUAGUCCCAAUUCCCCUCAGCCACCAGGAAAUUAUCCAGGAUCAGCAUUCCAAUUUCCAGGUUUCCCUGGCGCUCCAGGCGCUAAUGGGCCAAUAGGAUAUUACGAUUUCAGUCAGUUGCCUAGCGGAGAAUCACCUGAAAUGGAAGGUCCUAUUGGCUUCCUUCCUAAUUUCAGUCCUGAAAUUGGAGGUCCAUUCCCAGGUUUUCCAGGAGGUCCAGGCAGUCCUGGCCCAGGUGGAUUUUUAAAUGUUAAUUCCCUACCAGAUUUCAUCAAUCCAGGAUACGGAUUCCCAGGUUCACCUCAGGAUCCUCUUGGCUAUUUGAACUUCAGUAUGCUUCCGCCCGGUUAUAACCCUGAUUUCUCAGGUCAGUUUGUUUACCCUGGGUAUCCUGGCUCCCCUGGAAGCUCAGGUCAAUUCCCUGGUGGCUUCUUGAGCUUCCCUGAACUACCUAAAGAUGUCACGGACAAAAUAAACGGUACCUUUAGUCUCCCUCAACUGAUGCAAGCUCUGCAACCACUUUUCCCCGGGCAAAAUAUUAACAUUGGAGCAAUUCCAAAAGAUCAGAUGCAGAACAUUCCCGGUUUUGAUGGAAAUUAUGAUAACCUUAGACUUCAAAAUUUUGGAAGCAAUAAUCAGCCAACUGGAGGUGUGUUCUAUCUUCCAGAACUAGUGCGUCUCGUCAGCUAUCUUCCAGUGGGUUCGUUUGGUAACGGUCCAGGAACUAUUAAUCAAGAUGGAGGAUUCGGGGAUCCAUUUAACUUCCCUGGUCUAAAUGGCGCUCCUGGAUACAUUUGUGACUAUCCAGAUAACGGCGAUGCCACCGCCGGAGGAUCUCAGGACUUAGGUGGGGAGAUUAAAGGAAGUGGCAAUGGACCAUCCGGAGAUGUGGCGGACGCUGCUCCAGAAAAUGAUUUGGGUGGUGUUGCUCCAGGAAAUAAUUUAGGUAGUGCUGCUCCAGAAAAUGAUUUGGGAGGCGCUGCUCCAGUAAAUAAUCCGGGAGGGACUGCUCCACAAAGUGAUCUGGCUUCUCCUACUCCUGUAGCUCCAACAGAUCAAGAUUGUGAAGAGGACGUACAUGGAGCAUUCAGCAAAGCCAGGCAGGCGCUUAUGAAUGUCGCAUCUAGUACAGGAGAACAGGCAGUCAGUCAGUUAAUGCAAGACAUUAUUUCCGGAAUCAAUAUAUCUGGCAAUUACGUCGACUAUAAUGAUUUCUUCAAUCAGCUCUCAUCCCUGUUGUCCCAAGUUCGCACAGAUCCAACAGAGAGUCCUACUAAACAGCUCAUAACAAUUCUAAUGGAUGGCUUAAUCGCAGCACUGGAAGCCUUGAAUUCCGCUAAAGUUACUGGAUUUAGAAAUGACGUUUCUAUCGCUAGCGAUCUGCCCGUGUAUACGUCAUUCUUAAAUGAAAUACUUUAUUAAAUUUGUGCAUCGUAUUUUCGUAGUAGAGAGCAUAUAUAAUAGCAAAAUUCUGUGUAUAAAUAUUUCAGGCUUUUGUGUUCCUAAAAAAACUUUGUAAUAAAAUAUGUAACCCUUUAA